GGAUGUGCAUUGUAAAUUUUAAAUUUAUUACUUUUUUUUUUUUUAUUAAGCAAUCAUGAUUAAUUAUUAAUGAUUCUAUUUAACUUUUGAUUUAAUGUUCUAAUUCUUUUAAAAUUUAUUUGACAUUGUGUAUAUUUACACUUGACAAUUUAUGCAUGAAAACUCAUAUAAAAUAUGUUGUAUGAGGUUAGCUGAAAAAGUCACAACAGAAAGAACGAAAUCAAAAUUCAAGUAAAUUUUGCUUAAUUUUAUCAACAAUAAAAUUAUGGAUAGCCAAGUUAUUAAUGAUGACGUUCUAACUAGUUCUAAGAAUGCCGUUUUGAUGUCGAGUGUCCCUUUACCCAGUGACAUCCUACAAAUUCAAGGAUAUGACUGGAAUAAAGGUAUCGACUAUCACAAUUUAUUUGAAAGCUACAGACUGUCUGGUUUUCAAGCUACUAAUUUUGGAUUGGGAGUAGACGAAAUAAAAAAAAUGAUAGACUGUAAGAAGAUACCAUUAAACGUAGAUCAAAUCGAUAGUUUUGAACAAGAUGAAUUUAUAAAAAGAAAAAGUUCUUGCACCAUUUUUUUAGGAUAUACGUCAAAUAUGGUAUCAUGUGGUGUACGAGAAUCUAUACGAUUUUUAGUACAGCAUAAAAUGGUUGAUUGUAUUGUGACAACAGCUGGUGGUGUAGAAGAGGAUCUGAUAAAAUGUUUAGCACCGACUUACUUGGGUAAAUUUGAAUAUGAUGGUAAAAAUCUUCGUGAUAAAGGAUUAAAUAGAAUAGGAAAUAUGAUUGUUCCAAAUAGCAAUUAUUGUCUAUUUGAAGACUGGUUGAUGCCUAAAUUAGAUAAAAUGCUCGAAGAUCAAGAGGAAAAGGGUAUGUUGUGGAGUCCGUCAAAAAUAAUAACACGGCUUGGUGAAGAAAUAAAUAACGAAGAAUCAAUUUGUUAUUGGGCAGCGAAAAAUAAAAUCCCUAUUUUCAGUCCAGCUUUAACCGAUGGUAGUCUUGGAGAUAUGAUGUAUUUUCAUUCGUUUAAAAACCCAGGACUUGUCGUUGACAUUCUUUCUGAUUUAAAACGACUUAAUACGAUUGCCGUUAAAGCAAUAAAUACCGGAAUAAUAAUAGUUGGAGGUGGAGUUAUUAAACACCAUAUCUGUAACGCCAAUUUAAUGAGAAACGGUGCAGACUUUGCUGUAUUUUUAAAUACUGCAUCUGAAUUUGAUGGUAGUGAUAGUGGUGCACGACCAGAUGAAGCUGUAUCAUGGGGAAAAAUUCGUAAAACUGCAACUCCUGUUAAGAUAUACGCCGAAGCUUCUCUUAUUUUCCCGUUACUAGUCGGCGAAACAUUUGCUCGAGAAUUCCAUUUAGCUAAAAAUUCAUCAACUUCUAACACUGAAGAAAUCACAAAAAAAUAACUAAGAUAUCAAUUAGACAAAUAAUAAAAUAGCUAUAUUUUUCUAAGUUAUUGUACAUUAACAAUAAUCUUAUCAAUUUUAUUAUCAUGAAUUUAUCUCAGAGCUAAGACCACGAAAUGUUUAUUUGAAAAUCUAAUCUAUAGUUAAAUUUUCAAUUGAAAUAAUAAUUAAUCAAUGUAAAUAUUUGUCGAAAAUUAAAAAUAAAUAAUUCUUGUUAAAAAAAAAGAAUGAUAAUGUUUUGAAAUUUUCUUAUUUUUAAGGCGACUUCUGUAUUGAAUUUCACAGAAAUGUGUAAGGUGAAAUUGAAAAAAUUGGAAAUAAAUAUUAAUAUCGUCUUGAA